AUGAAUCCUGACGCCUGUUCGAUCGUCGGUCAUGUGGUUAUGGGAGUAUUCACGCUCAGAGGACUGGGCCGAAAGAUACCAGAUCCUGAUAUCAGACAAAAACGCAAAAUGCCAUUCCUCAGCAUAGGGUUCGCGGCAACUGCUAGCGCGGUCAACAUCGGUAUUGGCGUCGCCGUAGCUAUACUCAUGAUCCUCACCCUGCUCAUGCGGCGGCGCUCAGCAGCCUGGACUGCACGAGAAAUGGCAGCACGAGCUAGUCGCCGGCCUGGUGAUGGAUUUGUGAGCACGCCGAUGUAUGGGCGCUUUGAUGAGUUAUCGAGACGCUGA